CUUCCCCCAAAUCUCCAACUCCUCCCAUGCUGCAGACUGGGUUAAAGGAUUGCCUGUGGCUUCCCCAUGCAUCUUCCCACAGCCAUGGGAAAGGCAGCACAGAAAGCCUUCUCCGUGAGUACGGGAUGCAGUGACAAAAAUCUUCCUCCUGGGUGCCCUGAGGAUAUCCAGAGCCUUGGAUGGGCUCAGGUCCCCUCUAUCGCUCCCACCAAGUUGACAGCUCGCGCCGCGGCCUCCAGCCGCCUUUGCCGCCAUUCCGCCAGGCCUGCGGGAAGCCCUCAGGAGCAUCCCGAGCUGCAGCUGCCGGCCUGGGGAAGCAGUGCCUGUGGAGGAGGGCCUGUGGCUCCAGCAGCAGCAGCGGAGGAGGAGCCGGAGCCCUUCCAGCUCCGUUCCAGCUCCGUUCCAGCUCCGUUCCAGCUCCGUUCCAGCGGGCUGUUCGCUCCCGAGGCUGCGCGGGGAGCGGGUCGCGGCUCGGCCCCGCCGUGCCCGGGUUUGCAACAAUGGUAAAGGAAGCUGUAAAUGACAGUGACGAUUCUGAACCGUCAGUAUGUGAGAGAAAUGGCAUGAUUCACAUGCAUGAGCAAAGUGAGCAGGGACCCACAGCAGAUGCCAAAGGUACUGAUGGAAACGUACAAACAGAAGAAACUGCUCUCUUGAACCACUGCACUCAGCAACCUCCAGAACCACCAGCAGGGUCUCCAAUACCUGCAAGAACAUGGAGGCAAAUAUUUGCUUGUCCUCCUCAGGGUUUACUAGCCCAAACAGUGACAAAUGUUGCAUUUGUGGUCCUGGUCUGGGCUGUGGUUUGGUCCAUAACUGGGGCUGAGUGUCUCCCAGGUGGAAAUCUCUUUGGAAUUCUGUUUCUUUAUUUCUUUGCUGUCAUCGGAGGUAAAAUUUUUGGAUUCAUUAAAAUACGAACACUACCCCCUCUUCCUGCUCUUCUGGGGAUGCUACUUGCUGGUUUCCUAAUCCGAAACACUCCAUUCAUCAGUGACUUUGUCCAGAUAAACCUACACUGGUCUGCAGCACUGAGGAAUAUUGCUCUUUCCAUUAUCUUGACCCGAGCAGGACUCGGCCUGGAUCCAAAGGCUCUUAAGAAGCUCAAAGCUGUCUGUUUACGGCUUGCUUUCGGACCAUGCCUCUCAGAAACAGGCACAGCUACUGUCCUCGCCUGCUUGUUCCUGCAUUUGCCAUGGCAAUGGGGAUUUAUCUUAGGUUUUGUUCUAGGUGCAGUCUCCCCUGCCGUGGUGGUUCCCUCCAUGCUGAUUUUACAAGCUGGGGGAUACGGGGUGGAGAAAGGUGUCCCAACUUUGCUAAUGGCAGCUGGCAGCAUCGACGACAUUCUGGCUAUCACAGGCUUCAACACUUGCCUUGGGAUGGCUUUCUCUUCUGGUUCUACUCUGUACAAUGUGCUCCGUGGAGUGCUCGAGGUCGCUGUUGGCAUAGCAGCUGGGGGAAUUCUGGGAAUGUUCAUUCGAUAUUUCCCAAGCCAUGACCAGGCAUCUUUGGCAUGGAAGAGAUCAUAUUUUGUACUUGGACUGUCCAUGUUUGCUGUUUUUGGCAGCAUCUACUUUGGCUUCCCUGGAUCAGGAGGGCUCUGCACAUUAGUCUUGGCUUUUGUUGCAGGUGUGGGAUGGUCUGAUGAAAAGAGGGAAAUAGAAAAAAUUGUGGCAGUUGCAUGGAAUAUCUUUCAACCUUUUCUUUUUGGUUUAAUUGGAGCAGGAGUAUCCAUUACAUCUCUUAGGCCUGAAACUGUUGGGCUCUGUGUUGCUAUAUUAGGCAUUGCCCUAGUUGUGCGAAUCGUAGCAACGUUCCUGAUGGUGUCUUUUGCUGGGUUUAAUUUCAAGGAGAAGGUAUUUGUCUCACUGGCAUGGAUUCCCAAAGCCACUGUCCAGGCUGCAAUAGGUUCUCUUGCCCUGGAUACAGCAAGACAACAUCAAGAUGAGCAACUGGAAAAGUAUGGAAUGGAUGUACUGACAGUAGCUUUCUUGGCUAUCUUGAUCACUGCCCCAGUUGGAGCCCUGGUUAUCGGCUUGGCAGGACCCAGACUUUUGCAGAAGUCUCUGACAAAUAGCAAGGAGGAUGAGGAAGGUGCGGAGGUUGGAGAAGAGGCAGAGGCCUGUGAACCUUCAUAAGACAGACAACUACAGCAGUCUGCUCCUUCAACCCUGACACUUUUGUUGAGUAAAGAUGUCACCUCUCUAAUCCUGCUGGAGGAACCUAAAACUAUCAGUUACCCCUGCUAUUUUUAAAGCAGCCCUGGUGGAGUUCUAUAAAAUAGUUUUAUGUGAUGAUGGUGCCUUGAGAUGAAAUAGCUGAACAUACAGUGAAUAAGAUGACCUGGCAGUGAGUCACUGAGAAGUUAGCAGUCAAGAGUUACUUGAAAUGUGUGGGUGGUGAGGCCAAGGAGAGGGUCAGAAUUGUUGAGGCAUAGAGUAGAGUCAUGAGGAAGAAUAUAAACAGAGAAAAAUGGAGACUAAUGUGAAUAACUUCUUGAUGGUUGAAACUGGGCUGUGAGAUGGCAAGUUCCAACUCAAAGAAAGCAACUUCCAAGUAAGAGAUUGCUGACACAUAGUGAACUAAUCCUGCCAUGGGUUGGUGAUUCCGUGUCCUUCCUCAUUUGUGUUCCAAAACUUGCCUUUUCCUAUGGCUAUUCUUCCUCAUGGCCGAGGCAUUCUUUUGUGCCUUCAAGGACUGUCAGCUCUGGUUGUAGCAAGGAACAGCAAAUGGCACUUAGAUGCUCAAAGAGACAGCUGGGGCCAUCACAGACUGUGGUAAUAGAGAUGUUGAUGCCAGCAGAAAAAAGGAGAGAGCCUGAAAAUGAGAUGAGGGUUGUGGGAUGGCUAUAAGGACUGGGGGAGGGUUGUAUGAGAUUGGGAUGGCUGCUUCACCUGUGUACCUCAGCCUUCACACAACAUGAUGUCCUACAGCCAGGAGUAAACUCUGUUAAUCAAAAUGUAAACUCUGUUGAUCAAAAUCCUGCUCUUGCCUUUUAGGUUUGGUACAGCUGACAGAUACCAGUAAAUCUGUCUGGCUCUGCUAUGUUUUGUACAAGUAACAAGCUCCAAGUAAGUUGUUAGUAAUUCCAUUCGGAGGCAUAGAGUCAGUACAGCAUCCCUCAGAAGCUGGAAUUUACUUAUAUACAUUUUUGGAAAGGCUGUUAGGUUGUGCCUGUAACUGAGGCAGACAGCACUAGCCUGCAGAUUUCUACACUACAGUUCACUGAACUCAUUUUACAGGUUACUGUGUAAAAUACAUUUGAUGGUGUAUAGAUUUUGGCAUUAGUAAGAACUAAUAAUUUCUAUUUUAGCUUUUAAAUUUUAAUAUGCAAAACAAAAAAUAUACAAAAAUACUUUUAACUACUUAAAUACUUCUAAUGUUGACAUUGUACUAUUUGCAGAGAGUCAUAUGUCAUGAUGAGCUGUAUACAGCUCAGCAUGCAUGCCUUUUUAUAAGCCUUACUCUCUAAGCAAAAAGAAAGCUGCCUGAGAAAUACUUAGAUUUCAUAGCCUGCAGUUCCAGCACAAUGAUAAAAAUAUCGGGAAAUUUUUCAGCAAGUUUACCCUUAAUAAUUGUCAAGUACAUUAUAUUUUUCUAACUAUGUACACUGCUGUUCUCUGCUUCCUCGGGAAUGUACCAUCUUUAGUUCAGUUCAAGUUUGUCUCCUGAAAGGAAGAUGCUUUGAAAUGGCACUGGAUAGGUUUGAAGCUGGAGCAGUGGUUAAGGGUGCUAUGCUUGAUUGUUAUUGACAUACCUGGACUUCUGUGCCUGUUCUGCCUACUUCACGUGCAUUCCUGGUGGCCCCCUGGCCCAGUCCUGUUCAGUAUCUUUACUGAUGAUCAGGAUAAAGGGAUUGUGUGCACCCCCAGUAAAUUCAUGGACAACACAAAGUUGGGUGGCAAUGUUGAUCUGCUGGAGGGCAGGAAGUCUCUGCAGGGGAUCUGGACCGGCUGGAUCAAUGGGCUGAGACCAAUGGAACGAGGUUCAUUCAACAAGGCCAAGUGCCAAGUCCUGCCCCUGGGUCACAGCAACCCCAGGCUGUGCUGCAGGCUGGGGACAGUUGCUGGGAAGCUGUCCAUGGAAAAGGACCUGGGGGGACCGGUCAGCUGGCUGAGCAUGGGGCUCAGGGGGCACCGCACUGCUCUACAACCCCUGACAGGAGGGGGUAGCCAGGUGGGGGUCGGCCUCUUCUCCCACACAACCAGUGGCAGGAUGAGCGGACUUAAGCUUUACCAGGGGAAGUUUAAGUUGGACAUUAGAAGGAAUUUCUUCACAGAAAGUGUUGUUGAACAGUGGAGUGGACUGCCCAGCAAGGUGGUAGAAUCAUCUUCCCUGAAGGUGUUUAAGCAAAGACUUGACAUGGCACUGAGAAUCAUGCUCUGGUUGACAUGGUGGUCAUAGGUUGGAUUCAAUUAUCUCAGAGGUCUUUUUCAACCUCACUGAUUCUAUGAUUUUGUGAAAUACAUGUAGUUUUAAUAGGAGAUUAAGUAUUUGGAAAUUGUAAUGUUGAUAAAGCUAACUGACAAGAUAAGGAAAUACAGUGUUCAGUUCAUCAGUGACUGUCUAUAAAAUAGUUCUACUUGAGUAAAACUUACAGGAGUUCACUAUUUGGUAAAGUUUUAUUAAAAGUAGAAUCCUCCCCCAGGGAUUACUAUGCCAAAUUUGGAAUGUGUUCAAUAACAGAAGUGUGAUGAUGUAAGGAUUACAGCCCUUUAAAUUUGGACACAACCUUAAGUACAAAAGCAAAACUCUGAUGAAAAGCUUUUGUUUGUGAUAGCCUCUAAUACUUCCUCACCAGCAAAACAUCAUCUCAUAAAUGGGAUUUACUGUUCCCUUAACCUCAGUGCAUCCUCAAUUAUACAUUAGGUCACUUACACAAUUCUGAGUGCCUGAAUAAGCUAUACUAACGAAAACUUGUCUUUUUUGCUAAUCUAAGUGAGAUUUAAUAAUUUUUCUUUCCCUGCCAUUUUACGUGGGUAUUUCUCAUGAGACCCCCUUCCCCCAGCUUUUAUUAAAACUUCAAAAAGUAUCAGACUGGAGCUAUUACACAGACCUGCAGAUCUAAAAUUAAGAGCUUUAAUGCUUUAUAAUGUUCCCUCUCCUUGUCUUCCAGAAAGGAAGAAAACACUUGCAUAUUUUCAUUAAACAAUAUAUAAGGACUUAAAACUUGAGACUGGGUUUUUUAGUAUCAUGACAGCUAUUUUUAAAUAGCAACUAACUUUGAGAGAUUCAAUUUCAGUUUUUAUCAGAGUACGGGUGAAGCAUGACAUACAUUAAAGACCACCUCCCUUUUAACAAAAUGCCAUGAAAAUCAUUACAGAAUAAGGCAUAAAUUCAAGCCAAUAAAAUCAUUAUGCCAUGGUAGGCUCUUAUUUGCAGGAAAUAAAAUUAGAGCACAAUGUGCAGUAAGUGAUAACCAGAGUCCCACUGUCAUGCAGACAUAAUCACAGGCAUGGUGUGGAGGAACUGUUCCAGAAGGUUCACAAGAACCUCUGCAGCAGAAAGAUCUGACAGCAGAGUGUUCCCAGCAGCCAGCAUGUGCAAAUUACAGCAGGCAGCAUAUGGGAGAAGACAGAAAUUGUCUAUCUGCAAGCCGGGAGUCGCACAGGCCAGGGGAUGUGGUGAUGAUGAUGUGAUUAUAAUCACAGCUUACUCUGUCUUUUGCAGCCAACUGAGCUUUUUAUGGAAUUUAAACUCAAGUCUAAAAUUAACUGUGAAACAGCCAUGGUGUGUUGCAGCCACAAAAUGGAUGAUAGUUUCUGCAUCUUGCUUUUUAAAUAAAGAGUGCAAGAGAAA